GACUUCCUCCGAUCCCUUCGCGGCAGUUGAAGGCAUGGACGCCGGCGGCCGUGAGAAGGGCGGAGGCAAAUCCAUUAUCCUCAAGAAAUACGAGCUGUGCCGCCUCUUGGGCCGCGGCAGCUUCGCCAAAGUAUAUCAGGGCCGCCGUCUAGAAGAUAACGCCGAUGUCGCCGUCAAGGUUAUAGACAAGAGCGCCACCGUGGCUGCGGUGGAGCCGUAUAUUCUCCGUGAAAUCUUGGCCAUGCGGCGGCUGAACCACCACCCUAAUAUCGUCAAACUCCACGAAGUUAUGGCCACGAAGACGAAGAUUUAUCUUGUCAUGGAGCUCGCCACGGGCGGCGAUUUCUUAGCCAAACUUAACGGCGGCGAAUUCUUAGCCAAACUUAACGGCGGCGAACGGCCGUUCGACAACGCCACGGCCCGCCGCUACUUCCGGCAGCUGAUCGCCGCCGUGAGUUUCUGCGACCAGAACGGCGUGGCCCACCGCGACAUCAAACUCCAAAACCUCCUCCUCGACGGCGACGGCAACCUCAAGAUCUCCGACUUCGGCCUCUCCGCCCUCUCCGACCACCUCAAAGACGUCUCCCUGGAAACCAUGUGCGGCACGCCGGCGUACAGCGCGCCGGAGGUGAUCAGCCGAAAAAGAUACGACGGCGCCAAGGCGGACGCGUGGUCGUGUGGGGUCAUCCUCUUCGAAUUCCUCGCCGGCCGCCGCCCCUUCGAGGGCCACAACACCUCAGAGAGAUUCCGCGCAAUGAUCCGCCAUGAAAUCCGAUUCCCGUCCUCCGUUUCAAAGUCCGCCCGGAAAAUAAUCCACCGGCUCCUCGAUCCCAAUCCCCUAACAAGACCCACCAUUGGAGAACUAAUGAUGAAACACCCCUGGUUCAAGAAAUCAUCAUCUCCAGCCCUUGAACAAUCAUUAUCUGAUCAUAAAGAAAGCAAAACAAUGAAUGCAUUCGACAUAAUCUCGAUGUCAUCUGGGCUGGAUUUGUCAGGGAUAUUUGAGGAGGAGAUGAGGGAGAAACGAAUGAGAUUCGUUUCGACUAUAGAGGUCGGAGAGAUUGAGGAGAGAGUAAAGAAAAUGGGGUUUGGAGUGGAGAGAGGGAAGGGUGGAGGAAUUAGACUUGUGAAAGAGGGAGUAGUGUUAAUGUUGGAAAUUCUUCGAGUGUCAACAGAGAUUUGGUUAGGGGAGAUUAAGGUUGUCAAUGGAGGAAAGGAAUUCGAGGAGAUUACCUGGGAGGAGUUUAAGGUUGGGUUGACAGACAUUGUUUCAUGGCAAAGUGAACAGUGAUGGAGCUCUACAGUGACAUGCAUACAUAUAUUCAUCUCAAUCUGGAAACUGUAUAACUUUUUUAUUUAAGGGAAAAAUUGUCAAAUAGACUAUUAAACAUACUUUAGCUUGUUUCGUAAUUAGAUUACUAAAAGUGUGCAAUGGAAUCAUCUGAGACGUUUUUCUGA